AUGUUUAGUUCAACAAUGACCUUUUUUUAUAUUUCAUUAGACAAAGUCAAAUCAAUUGGGUUAAAUGAAGAAGCUAAUGUUGACACACAAAUUGUAUCAAAUACUUGUCUUGCUCAUUUUGAAGGUUUCAAUAACGAGAUGAUUUAUUCGUUUUAUGCUCAAACUGGAUCUGAUAGAUCAGUAAGUUUUUUUUUAACGGCUACUCAUCCUUUAUUUGAAUGUCAUGUCGAUGUAUUAUCUAAUAGAGAACAUCCGUCAUCACCACUUUGCCUUAUUAUAUCACCGACAUGCCAACAUGUUUUACAAACAGAAGAUGAAGCAAGAAAAAUCACACAUCGAACUGCUGUGGUAUCAUAUACAGAAUUGGAACUUGAUAUACGAAAAUUAGAAAGUCUUGGUUUAUCAUCACAAGAAGAACGUGUUCCAUGGAUAUUUUUCACAACAUUUUCUAACCAAUUACAGCAAUUAGCAAAACAUGUGCUUCGUGAAGAUUAUAUUUGUUUCUAUGAGAGUGCAAAUGUCGAUGUAGCACAUACAAUAGAAGAAGUACCAUUUACAAAGAAACAAGAUCUGAACGUUGUUUGA